AGAAAAAACAUCAACAAUCCUUCCAGGUUUCAGGGGCGAGGACUGUCCUAGGAGCGGCUGUCAAGCUCACAUUUCCUCUGGUAGCUCGGUAUUCCGUUCAUUUUUCGUAUAGUACGUUUUUUUUUGUUUGCUUUUUUUUUUUUUUUGGUACCUGUAGACAUGUCGUUGUUCGGGAAGAUAUUCGGAGGAGGAGGUAAAGGAGGAAAGGGACCCAGUCCGCAGGAGGCGAUCCAGAAACUCCGGGAGACCGAGGACAUGCUAACCAAGAAACAGGAAUUUUUAGAGAAGAAAAUCGAGCAAGAAUUACAAAUCGCCAAGAAAAACGGCACGAAAAACAAACGAGCGGCACUGCAAGCUUUGAAAAGAAAGAAGCGUUACGAGAAGCAGCUCGCUCAGAUCGAUGGUACGCUCUCGACCAUCGAGUUCCAGAGGGAGGCUCUGGAGAACGCCAACACCAACACUGAAGUGCUCAAGAACAUGGGCUUUGCUGCCAAGGCCAUGAAGUCUGCCCAUGAAAACAUGGACAUCGACAAGGUGGACGACCUGAUGCAAGACAUUACAGAGCAGCAAGAGCUGGCCCAGGAGAUCUCUGAUGCCAUCUCUAAACCCGUUGGCUUUGGAGAGGAGUUUGAUGAGGACGAGCUCCUGGCAGAGCUGGACGAGCUGGAACAGGAAGAGCUGGACAAAAACCUGCUGGAGAUCGGGGGACCAGAGAACGUCCCUCUCCCCAACGUGCCUUCUACUUCAUUACCUUCCAGACCUGCCAAGAAAGAGGAUGAUGAGGAUGACAUUGAAGACCUGCAGCGCUGGGCGAUGGAGGCCAUGUAAACCCAGCAUCGGCACGUCAUGCUCGCAUCAGAGAGGGACGAAGAAACAACAGGCAGAAAUAAAAAGACUGAGAAGUUGUUAAGUGUUUUUCUGUGUGUCUGAGGAGAGUUGUUUAUUUUGUGCAACACUAUAAAUAAGCGAUGAUGCUGUAGUCUUUCUUUUCCUGUCCAAAAAACAAGUAUAGAGUCUCAACAGAUGCUCAGUGCACACUAGUCAGAUGGGGUCUUUUCUAUUAUAAAAAAGCUCUGUCCGUGUAUCUUUGCUAAGUCACCUAAUCAUUUUUACCCCUGAUUUUAAUAUAAUAUUAGAAGUUUACGGUUCUUGUACCCGGAAGGAGCAUUUCAAAGGCAGCAGGGUUUAAAAGGCAACGUUCAUGUCAUAAAGCUCCUUGCAGGAUGUUGUGACAUUUAAAAAAUGAAAAUGAAACAAUUUUCAUGAUUGUUAAACCCUCAAAGAUUUAUUUACAACUGAUGUAUUUUUUCUUCUCCUUUCCUGGGAGUAUGCCCUGCAUAAAUAAUCCCUGCAGUUGUGUGUUUUCCAGAAUCCUAACCUCUUUAUUUUGUUUUAGACUGUGUGCUUUGACCCUUCUCUCUCUUAAACACCCUCCCACCUUCACAAGUGGCUCUUGUAAUUUGGUGUAAAUAUCCCAAAUCUGUGUCUUUUUUUUUUCUUCAAAUACUGUAAUUCUGCUGUGGCUGAGUGGUUCAGUGGAGGUUGUGUGAAGCAUGCAACGACGAGAAGUCACGAUACAGAUCACACCGCACGGCUAGAGAGAUGUUUAAUCUAAUGUUCUGUACCUCCUGCUCUGUCUGUCUCACUCCUUCUCACAAUGUUUUUGUUUCAAAUUGUAUAUUGUUAGAAGAAAUAAUAGUAAUAAUAACCUAUUGUCCCAUUUUAUUUACUUCAGCUAGAGGGAGUUGGUGGUUCAUGAAAGUUCUGAUUAUAAUCUUCCACAUCCGCAUUUUGGAGUUUGAACAAUUAAUUCUUAGUUUUUCAAAGUCAUGAUGUAUGUUUUUUUACAUAUAAAAGAAAAGAAACAUAAUAACAACAAAAGGACUGACAGACAAGCAUGUUUGCAUUUCUAUGUUUUAUUUAUCCAGAUGAGAAUAUUAUUUGCAAAAUCAUUAAAAGGUUUUCA